UAUAUGUGUAUACCGAUCGCGAUACGUAUACGUUAUGAGUGAAUCGAACCCCACCAUGGUUGAAUGACCCUGUACAUGUACAUGUAUAUUGUCGAGUUUACGCUGACACCGACAAACAUCAUUUAGGAGUUACGUUCAUUACUACAUAAACACACAAGAUACACCAUGGACUCAUCUCUAACACUCGUCAGAUUUAAGUGUACACACGUGCUUUAAUAACUGUUUCACACUCUACUAUGAGCUAGAAGCAAAUAUACACACGGACCGUGGGGUGCUAGUUCUCGAAAAUCUCAACAAGCUUCAUAUACAUACAUACAUGUACAACGAAAGUGAAUUUGAAGGAGAACAACCGUUUGUUAAGAUCCGGCUACUUGCACUGUGAAAUUCGAUAAUGAUGAACAGGUGGACGGUUACCAUAAAAAGGUAUGGUGUAAGCAGGGACGUAUAGUGAUACUGUCCCUGGGUGUAAGUGUACCUGGUGUAGUAUAACUGUUGUGGGUGAUAGGAAGUUUUGAAACCGUCACAGAAGUGCCGAGGGGUUACACCUGUGGUUUCGGGUAACAGAUACCGGCGUACUCGCGCACUUUAAAAUGUAUGUGACAGGAAUGUGAGAACUCUCACUAUUGUACAUCAUACGAUGACACUUGUCUUUGUUGUUGUACGUGUACCGAGGAAAAACCCGUAUGGCAGUCAGGAAACAACCCGUCACACUUCAGCUUCAUUGUAACUCGAAACAAGUAGUUGUAUAUUAUAUUGUUGGCUAGAUAAGCCCCGUGACUGCUGAAGAGAGAACGUGUGCGCAGCACGCGCUCUGACGUAUCAAUCGGUAUUCAUAUAUAAAUACGAAGCCUACCUUGCCAGCACUACAAACUGCCCCGUGUUAUGAUACAGAAUGGGUUGACAAUGCUAGGAAUAACGGAAACAACAAGCUCAGUGUAUUAUUUAUUGAUGAACCUCUUGGUGACACCAUUCUUGAUGUAUACUAUACCGGACCAUUACCAACCAAGGAGACACGUGGGUAUUCGUGGAAAUUUCUAGACACUUGUGUAUUUACGGACACGUGGGUAUCGCUCUAGAGUAUAUAUCAACAUUGCAAUUAAAUAGCAACGUUCACUUUGACUGAAGCCAUGUAAAGGUUCAGAAUGUUUCCACCAGCAGACAAAUCAAGACUCUAAUGAUGAACGCGAGUGACAAGGACUCUGUUGACAGGGUCCCUAUGGGGGACUUAGACGCCUGGAACAGAGACGAGGCCUAUAAAUUGAUACCAAUUGAUGUGCUUCUUGUACUCUAUGCUCUCAUCGGAGUGUUUGGCAACAUUGCCGUCAUUUACAUAUACAGCUUCAAACUCAAGGUCAAGUUUGAUGACAAAUUCUUUAUCCUCGUUCUGGCGGGAAUGGAUAUAAUUGUGUGUUCCACGGGGCCUCUGUUUUCCUUGGCUCGUAAUUUGCUUCCGGUGAAUUUCCAAGGCGACGUGCUCUGUAGGGUAUGUUGGUAUUUUGUGCGGACUAUGGGAACAGCUUCCGGUAUGUUACUUUUUAUCAUAGCUGUACAGCGUUAUCUCAAAGUGUGUCGUCCUUUUGGAAGACAGAUGACUUCAUUUAUAAACAAAGUUGCCUUGGCAGUGACGUUUGGAGUAGCUAUCAUGAUCGACAUUCCCAUAUUUGUCUUUUAUGGAGAAACGGAAAUAUAUGUUAGUCACCUGAAUGUGACCGGAUACCGUUGUGGACGGAAAGACGACGAGAGUCCGUCUAUGAAGCAAGAUAUUCUGAUCUAUUUUUAUUUUAUGUUUGUGUGUGCGGGGAGUGUAAUGAUGGGAGUUGCCGUUCUGUAUUCAAUGACGGGAUAUACAAUAUAUAAACAAGUGAAAAAACACAUGGAUUUGACUGUUGAUGCCUACAAUGCUUCUACGCAUCGCAGUGGUCAGGAUACUUCAAAAGCUGAUGCCAACAACUCAUGUAUUUCGCUACGGGAAAUUACACUAACCGAUUCUCCGGAAGUGACGUCAAAAAGAGGUAAUUAUAAAUCCAUUAGAAAUAGUAACGGUGUUGACGAUUCGCCAGCUAUUAAGAAAAGUUACAAACAUAAUCUUGUAAGUUACGAAAAAAAUGUAGCUAUAGAAUCGGAAGAGUCAUCAUCGUCAAAGACUACCGGAAGUGUCGAGCGUUCCGACAAGGUAAAUGAGAAAGGCGAAACAACGUCUAUCGAUAGAGGCUAUUCAACAGAUGACGCAUGUGGCUCGUCAGACACACCAAAACCAACGGAGGAACCACGGAACACUUGUGACGGUAUCAAGGAACAAGUAGGCACUACACAACCAACCAACUCUCACUCAAAGACUGUCAGUUUUACGAAAAUUGAUGUGGAAACACUCAGAGAUGAUGACGAAGAUUCGGGAAAUGACAGCGGAGCGAUUACAAAAACAAACUUAGAAACCAUCAAAGACGAAGACGAUAAUUCAAGUUAUAACAGAGCUUCUAAUAAAAAUAUUUCCUUUAAGGAUGCGAGCCCCGGUGGUUCACCAAUCACAAAAGGACCAAAACAGGAGUCACAUAUUGGUAAUCGAUGGAAGAAGAAUCGGAUGAUGGUACAUCGAUUCUCUAUCAUGUUCAUGAUGAUAGCUGUGGUCUGUACGAUUACCUAUACCCCCGCCUUAAUCGCGAACGUACUGGUCAAUCUGGACUCUGUCCAGUACUGGACGGAGUAUGCUCAGUGGGAACGGAUCCUGUACCUGUUUCUCUUUCAGUUGUAUCUCCUUAACCAUGUUGCAAAUCCAUUCAUUUAUGCAUUUUUCGAUAAAACAUUUCGAAAGGAAUUUAAAAACAUGCUCAAAUGUAAAAGGCGAUAAAAGGAGCUAGAAAACCUCCAUUAAACAGUAUUAUUUAGUUGCUAACAUUAUACAGGUAUUUGUGAACUUUUUUUAUGACGAAGCUCGAGCGUUGAAGUGGUUUUGAUUCGGACCAGUGGACAGACAUACAAAUCACAGAGAAUUUGUACCCUAUAGAGUCUCUAUUAAAUCACACGCAUCAGGACUACCGGUCUACAGAUCAAAACUGUCCCAGGUCUAUAAAGUGAGAAUGUGCGUUUUAUUAUGUUGUACUUUCAGGCACGAAUUCAGUCGUUUGUAUGUGUAGUCUACGUAAAUUUUAACGAAAGUCGAAACAUAGAUAUUUGGAUACACAGGGACCUGAGAAUUUGUUGCAGCUAUAUUUGAAUCUAAACUGACCUGCGAUAUAUAUACCAUCAUUUUGGGGUGGGUUUGUUUCACCGAAAGUUGAUACAAACCCCUAAGACGUGUAAAAUUGCUCCGAACACCUUAUUUUAGGUAUAAAUGACUAGCUGUAACAAAUCCUCGUGUUUGGAUGCAGAAGAGACAAUACAGACAUAUAACGUUCAUUGAAAUAUUAAGGGUUGUAACAAAGUGUCUCAAGAAAACAUUAACACCGGAUGUAGUACAUUUGUAUAACGGAAACGGAAACACGAACUCUAUGGCGAUCCGAUACGAAACCACAGGGGCCUGCGAAUCAAUUACAGGUUGUAUGGAUAUCCCAAUCCUGAUCAUUCACACCUAAAAUUAUUACAUUAAAUAUGUUUGGACUUAUCUUGAUGUGAAUGGAUUAAUAAUAGCAGUUUAAUCAAAAUCAGACCUCUCAAAUUCGCUUCGCAACCUACGCCUCUCAUAGCGUAGGUUACGAAGCGGAUAUGAGAGGUCUAAUUAAAUUAGAUCGUAUUAUUAGCCGAUUUUAGGUGUUUAAAUCACGUCCGGUACGAUUAACAUCCACCAUCCCCUAUAUAUGUAUUACCGAGUAGCAAGCUAAAGUUAAUAAAACAUCUAUUAAUACUUCUUACAUAACAGGAUAGGACCGUUUUAGACGACGAAAAGGUCAAUGUAUUGAAGCGACAAUUUUAUCUUUGACCGUUUUAUUAAGACUGAAGUGUUCGGUCGAUUGAUUUAUACUACAUUUGAGAUACCCUUAGAAUGGUGGAUAUUUCCCUGUAAUGUGCACAAAUUAAGACACGUGUUUCUAACACUGGUAUUAUAGGUAUGUCCAUCACACUUCAGACUCGUGCACUUUGCCACAAGGGUCGAUAACUCUGUAACUUUAUGUGAUUGUCCCAGCUAGUCGACCUUUAAAUGUUGAUUAUAUGUAUACUGUAAUUAGCUUCCUGUUGAAUUAUUUUUGCAUUUACUAUUGAAAUACAAUAAUUAACUUGAAUGAGAUUUUUGUUUUCAUUGUUUCUCACUUGUUUG